CUGGCGCUGCGGCGCGUACCAAGGCGCGGACGCAGGGGGAGGCAGCUGGCGCGGCGAACUCCUGGAGCCGUGGCGCCCGCUCGGCCGUGGCCGUGGGAGAGGCGCCGGGAGGCUGCGGGCGCGGGACUCCGGGGCGGGGGCGGUGCGGACGGAGCGGACGGCGCGGGCGCGGGGGGCUGGGUCCCGGGGCGCUGGUGGGGCGGACCCCCCCCGCCUCGAACUUGGUACGCGCCAGCGAGAGGCCAGGCCCAGCCCGGGCGGUACAAUAGGGUUGGGCCGAGGCCGGGACUGGGCCGGCGCCGGGCAGGGAACGGGAUCGCGGCCGCAGCCGAGAGACCCCGGGCGACCGGCACCUCCGAGCCUCGCGGGCCACCUGCCUCGACCUUCCCCGGGGCGCCCCCGCCUCCGAGUCGCUGCUUGCCGGGCCGGGCCGGGCGUGAUGCGCCGCGGGACCCCUGUCCUGGCCACUGGCCGCCGCCGCCGCCGCCGCUGAGACCCCGAGACCCCCAGUGACGCCGCAGCCAUGGAGAGCGGCCCGCGUGCGGAGCUGGGGGCGGGCGCACCCCCAGCUGUGGUCGCCAGGACCCCCCCAGAGCCAAGACCUUCUCCAGAAGGUGACCCUUCCCCCCCACCACCACCGAUGUCAGCCCUGGUCCCCGACACUCCCCCGGACACCCCUCCUGCCAUGAAGAAUGCCACUAGCUCUAAGCAGCUCCCACUGGAACCAGAGAGCCCCUCAGGGCAGGUCGGGCCUAGGCCAGCCCCCCCGCAGGAAGAGUCCCCUUCCUCUGAAGCAAAGAGCAGAGGACCCACCCCACCAGCCACGGGCCCACGGGAUGCCAGACCUCCUCGAAGGAGCAGCCAGCCAUCUCCAACAGCAGUGCCAGCCUCGGACAGCCCUCCCACCAAGCAAGAGGUGAAGAAGGCAGGAGAGAGACACAAGCUGGCAAAGGAGCGGCGAGAAGAGCGGGCCAAGUACCUGGCGGCCAAGAAGGCAGUGUGGCUGGAGAAGGAGGAGAAGGCCAAGGCGCUGCGGGAGAAGCAGCUCCAGGAGCGCCGGCGCCGGCUGGAGGAGCAACGUCUUAAAGCCGAGCAACGCCGUGCAGCCCUGGAGGAACGGCAGCGGCAGAAGCUCGAGAAAAACAAGGAGCGCUAUGAAGCAGCCAUCCAACGGUCAGUGAGGAAGACAUGGGCCGAAAUCCGGCAGCAGCGCUGGUCCUGGGCAGGGGCCCUGCACCACAGCUCUCCAGGACGUAAGACCAGUGGGAGCAGGUGCUCCGUGUCGGCAGUUAACCUGCCCAAACACGUGGACUCUAUAAUCAACAAGCGGCUCUCAAAGUCCUCUGCCACGCUCUGGAACUCCCCCAGUAGAAAUCGCAGCCUGCAGCUGAGCGCAUGGGAGAGCAGCAUCGUGGAUCGUCUGAUGACGCCCACCCUCUCCUUCCUUGCUCGGAGUCGCAGCGCGGUCACACUGCCCCGCAACGGCCGGGACCAGGGUAGGGGCCGCGACCCUGGGAGAGGCCCCACGUGGGGCCGGGCAGGGGCCAGCCUGGCGCGCGGGCCGCAACCCGACCGCACUCAUCCCUCUGCAGCCGUGCCGGUGUGCCCGCGCUCGGCCUCCGCCAGCCCCCUGACGCCGUGCAGCGCCCCCCGAAGCGUGCACCGCUGCGCCCCCGCCGGUGAGCGCGGGGAGCGCCGCAAGCCCAUCGCCGGGGGCAGCCCCGCUCCGGUGCGCCGCCGGCCAGAGGCCUCGCCGGUGCAGAAAAAGGAGAAGAAGGACAAGGAGCGGGAAAACGAGAAGGAGAAGAGUGCCCUAGCCCGGGAGCGCAGCCUCAAGAAGCGCCAGUCGCUGCCCGCCUCCCCGCGCGCCCGUCUCUCCGCCAGCACCGCCUCUGAGCUCAGCCCCAAAUCCAAGGCCCGGCCAUCCUCUCCCUCCACAUCGUGGCACAGGCCUGCCUCCCCCUGCCCCAGCCCAGGGCCAGGCCACACUCUGCCUCCAAAGCCACCGUCCCCCCGAGGCACCACUGCAUCCCCCAAGGGGCGGGUUCGGAGGAAGGAGGAGGCAAAGGAGCGCCCCGGCGCCGCAGGGCCCGAGGACAAGGGCCAGAGCAAGCGCAGGGCCAGUGACGAGAAGGAGUCAGCACCCCCAGCCUCACCGGCGCCUUCGCCGGCGCCCUCGCCCACCCCAGCCCCGCCCCAGAAGGAGCAGCCCCCCGCGGAGACCCCUACAGACGCUGCUCUCUUGACCUCACUCCCAGCCCCUGCUCCCCCGGUGACCCCUAGCAAACCAAUGGCCGGCACCACAGACCGAGAAGAAGCCACUCGGCUCUUGGCUGAGAAGCGGCGCCAGGCCCGGGAGCAGCGGGAGCGCGAGGAGCAGGCGCGGAGGCUGCAGGCAGAAAGGGACAAGCGAAUGCGAGAGGAGCAGCUGGCACGGGAGGCCGAGGCCCGGGCGGAGCGGGAGGCGGAGGCCCGGAGGCGGGAGGAGCAGGAGGCACGAGAGAAGGCGCAGGCCGAGCAGGAGGAGCAGGAGCGGCUGCAGAAGCAGAAAGAGGAGGCCGAAGCUCGGUCGCGGGAAGAGGCGGAGCGGCAGCGUCUGGAGCGGGAAAAGCACUUCCAGCAGCAGGAGCAGGAGCGGCAAGAGCGCAGAAAGCGUCUGGAGGAGAUCAUGAAGCGGACUCGGAAGUCAGAAGUUUCUGAAACUAAGCAGAAGCAGGAUAGCAAGGAGGCCAACGCCAACGGUUCCAGCCCAGAGCCUGUGAAAGCUGUGGAGGCUCGGCCCCCAGGGCUGCAGAAGGAGGCUGUGCAGAAAGAGGAGCCCACCCCACAGGAGCCUCAGUGGAGUCUCCCAAGCAAGGAGUUGCCAGGGUCCCUGGUGAAUGGCCUGCAGCCUCUCCCAGCACACCAGGAGAAUGGCUUCUCCACCAAGGGACCCUCUGGGGACAAGAGUCUGAGCCGAACACCAGAGGCACUCCUGCCCUUUGCAGAGGCAGAAGCCUUCCUCAAGAAAGCUGUGGUGCAGUCCCCGCAGAUCACAGAGGUCCUUUAAGAGGGUUUGCCUUGGAUCCAGGCACAGCUGUGAGGGCUCCUCUGCAUCACCUACCAGGAUGUCUGGAGGAGAAAAAGACAGAACAAAGAUGGAAGUGGCCUGGGCCCCUGGGGGUGGGUCCUCUCUGUUGUUUUUAAUCUGCACCUUAUAGACUGAUGUCUCUUUGGCUGGAGCCAGAUCUACCCCUCAGUGCAUUCGUGUGCUCGCACGCGCAGACAUCCCCUCUCCCCCAUACACACACAUACACUCACAGCCUCUCUGGCCUCUUCCCUUGGGGAGGGGCCACCUGUAGUAUUUGCCUUGGUUUGGUGGGGUACAGUGGAUGUGAAUACUGUAAAUAGCUUGUGCUCAGACUCCUCUGCGUGGAGAGGGUGGGUGCAGGAGGCAGACCCUCCCCCCAAAGCCCCCUGGGGAGAUCUUCCUCUCUCUAUUUAACUGUAACUGAGGGGAAUCCCAGGUCUGGGGAUGGGGGACACCUUGGGCCACAGGAUACUGGUUGCUUCAGGGCUACCCAUGCCCCCUGCCCUCGCCUGGAAUCAGUGUUACUGCAUCUGAUUAAAUGUCUCCAGAAAUAAAGAAUAAUUCUGCCAA